CGGACUGAGCGCCACAGCAGAUCCGGAAUCAGAGUUCGCUGGCUCGGCUCCGCUCGGCUCGGUCGGUCGCUGGGUAGUUGAGCUCCUGGUUCGGUUCCAGCCUCCAGACUCCGACAGACAUCUGUGAGAAGGAGGAGAAGGAGAGUUUGUAGUGAAAGUGCCGUGUGACGGAGGGAGGAGCUGCCGGAGUCCAGAGGAGGAGAAGUGGAAGGAGGAGAAGAGGAAGGAGGAGAAGAGGAGUCCAGAGGAGGAGAAGUAGAAGGAGGAGAAGAUGCCGCUCGCUCAGCUGGCUGACCCCUGGCAGAAGAUGGCUGUGGGGGGGACGGCAGGAGAGGAUGCUCAUCACGACCCGGAGGACUCUGCGGGCGAUGACGACUCCAUUCCUCCUUGCACCGAUGACGUGCACAUUAACGAGAUCAAUAUCACACACCUCGUGAAGGAGGGAUCAGAGAAGGCCGACCCUCGACAGUUCGAGCUCCGCAAGGUCCUGGGACAGGGCUCCUUCGGCAAGGUGUUUCUGGUGAGGAAGAUCUCAGGGCCAGACGCCGGUCAGCUUUACGCCAUGAAGGUCCUGAAGAAAGCCACACUGAAAGUGCGUGACCGGGUCAGGACAAAGAUGGAGAGGGACAUCCUGGUGGAGGUCAACCAUCCCUUCAUUGUGAAACUGCACUACGCUUUCCAGACGGAGGGGAAGCUCUACUUGAUCCUGGAUUUUCUCAGAGGAGGAGAUCUCUUCACUCGUCUCUCUAAGGAGGUAAUGUUCACAGAGGAGGAUGUAAAGUUCUACUUGGCUGAACUCGCUCUGGCACUCGAUCACCUUCACGGCCUCGGCAUAAUUUACAGAGACCUCAAACCUGAGAACAUCCUGCUCGACGAGGAAGGACACAUCAAACUGACUGACUUUGGCCUCAGCAAGGAGUCCAUCGACCAUGAGAACAAAGCCUACUCCUUCUGUGGGACGGUGGAGUACAUGGCUCCGGAGGUGGUGAACAGGCGAGGACACACACACAGCGCCGACUGGUGGUCGUACGGCGUUCUGAUGUUUGAGAUGCUGACGGGAACGCUGCCGUUUCAAGGCAAAGACCGGAAAGAGACGAUGACCAUGAUCCUCAAGGCAAAGUUGGGGAUGCCACAGUUUCUGAGCUCAGAAGCUCAGAGUCUCCUCAGGAACCUUUUCAAACGCAACCCGGCCAACAGAUUAGGAGCUGGACCAGACGGAGUGGAGGAGAUCAAGAGGCAUCACUUCUUCAGCACCAUCGACUGGAACAAACUGUUCCGCAGAGAGAUCCCGCCUCCUUUCAAACCGGCGUCAGGACGACCUGAUGACACGUUCUACUUCGAUCCAGAGUUCACAGCUAAAACACCCAGAGAUUCUCCGGGGAUUCCUCCCAGUGCCAAUGCCCAUCAGCUGUUCAGAGGAUUCAGCUUUGUGGCCAUAACAGAGGAGGAAACACAACCACUACCUAAUGCUAUAGUUCAGCAGCUGCACAGAAGCACGUCCCAGUUCGCAGACGCCUACGAGAUCAAGGAGGACAUCGGCGUGGGCUCCUACUCCAUCUGCAAGCGCUGCGUACACAAAGGAACCGGCAUGGAGUACGCCGUCAAGAUCAUCAACAAGGUCAAGAGAGACCCGACGGAGGAGGUGGAGAUCCUGCUGAGAUACGGACAACACCCCAACAUCAUCACCCUGAAGGACGUGUAUGACGAUGGCCGCUCCGUGUUCCUGGUGACGGAGCUGAUGAAGGGAGGAGAGCUGCUGGAUAAAAUCCUCCGACAGAAGUUCUUCUCUGAGAGAGAAGCCAGCGCUGUGCUCUACACCAUCACCAAGACGCUGGAGUACCUGCACGUCCAGGGGGUGGUGCACAGAGACCUGAAGCCCAGUAACAUCCUGUACGUGGACGAGAGCGGGAACGCCGAGUCCAUCAGGAUCUGCGACUUCGGUUUCGCCAAACAGCUGCGGGCGGAGAACGGGCUGCUCAUGACGCCGUGCUACACCGCCAACUUCGUCGCGCCUGAGGUGCUGAAGAAGCAGGGUUACGAUGCAGCCUGUGACAUCUGGAGUCUCGGAGUCCUGCUCUACACGAUGCUAACAGGCUUCACUCCGUUCGCCAACGGCCCCGAGGACACACCGGAGGAGAUCCUGGCUCGGAUCGGCAGCGGAAAGUUCUCCCUCACUGGAGGAUACUGGACGUCUGUGUCUUCUGAGGCUAAGGAUCUGGUGUCCAAGAUGCUGCACGUGGACCCUCACCAGCGGCUGACGGCCGGGCAGGUCCUCAGACACCCCUGGGUGACGCACAGAGACCAGCUGCCCAAGUACACCCUGAACCGGCAGGACGCCCCGCACCUCGUCAAGGGGGCGAUGGCGGCCACCUACUCGGCCCUCAACAUGAACGUCCCCCAUGUCCUGGAGCCGGUGGGCUGCUCCACUCUGGCGCAGCGGAGGGGCAUGAAGAAGAUCACCUCCACCGCUCUGUGACCUUUACACCCCCAACCCCCCCCCCCCCACCUACUCCCAUCAACUCUGACCUCUAGCUGACCUCUGCCGGACAAACCCCCUGACCACCACCACCACCCCCCUCCCUCCUGUCCGGCGGUACAGACUACUGAUGGACCAGGGAACCGCUGACGCCAAAUAGGAGCCCUCCCCCUCCUCCCCCUCCUCCCCCCCACUUCCUGUCCUGCACCUUAAGGGACUCUCCUGAUUGGAUCAUCUGCUGUCUCACUGUAGAGUCCCAGCUCCUCCCAUCGACAGCGGGACUGGGCUGCGACGACAAACCAGUCGACUCCUUCCUGUUUCUUUUUGCUUUGGACAAUCACAGCUGCCUCGUGAACCCGAGACGCGUCAGGAAAAUGAAAGUACUGUAUUUAUUUCCUUAAAAACUAGCUGGGAUCUGAACAUAGGAACAUUAUAAUCUAAUGUAUGCAUUUAAAGAGCCGGAUCAUCGUCUUCAAACUGGCGUCAUGUCGUGCGUAGCUGUAGAUUUACACCUCAAGUCGCCUCUGCAGAGGACAGAGGGUGAGACUGAGCACGGAGACACAUUCCUGUUGAAGUCUCACUGAAACGAGUCCAACACAAGAUGAACACGAGCAGAUUCUGCCUUUUUAGCUUCACUUUAAAGCUACAAGAGGCUCAAAAUAUUAUUGGACGCCCCCUGGUGGCCACAUAUUAAAUAUAAAAUUAAAUUGUAUGCACUCCAUUAAAAUUAUGCAAAGUAACGGCAGUAAAAACUAUUUUCUGGGUGAAAGAACUAAGAAAUAAGAGCCAAUUUUCUCUCAUUAAUAUUCUGCCUUGUUCCGACACCUGGGAGAUGAAAUGAUUUCAUCCAAACACAUUGAGAAUCUAAGAAUCUUUCAUGAUGAUGAAUCUGUGAAGGAGUCGUGUUAUUGCAGUGAGCUCGUCCCUCGUGCAGCUUUAACACAAAAUUUGAAUUAACUUUUACAUUUUGAGGAUUAACUCAAAAAGUUAGAAAACAUGCGCGAGUUAGUUCUCUCUCCCCCCCCCCCCCCCCCCCCCACACACAAAACAACCAACCGCUGGAGCGAGAACACUCGAACCCGGACGACCUCCUGCACGCGCCGACAAGGAACAGAACUGUAAAUACAAACUCGUCGAGUUACUCAGGUUUCUAUGAAUCAUGACGAUGCAUUUUUUUAUAUAUCUCUGAGGAGGAGGAGGAGGGAGGUGGACGUACAGAGCACAGACGUGGGCGAUGGGAGAGAGACUUUUAUCAGAGACGCUGGAGAAUCAUGAGAAGAAUUAAAUUCCAAAAGAAGAUUGAUGCAUUUUGUCUUUAUGGGCGUCUUCGAUCUCCACCCUUCAUCCUCAGACACACGGAUGAUGAUGAAGAUGAGGAUGAUGACGUGUUCUGGCUGCGAUGGAGAGAAUCACGUGUCGGCUGAACCCUUUAAAAACUCACCUGUGUAGCAGAGAAACAAUUCAGGCUUCAGAUCCAUAUAUUAACAUGUUUAAAGGACCAGUUCACCCAAACUACUGAAGAUUUGAAACGUUCACAUCAAGCGGUUAAUGGUUCAUUAGCAGUUUGGGUGAACUGGUCCUUUAAGCUGGACUGGUAGAAAAGCCCUCGACCUCCAGUGGGAAUCGAACUGAAGACAACGAGCACUUCAAAAUAAAACUCAAGUUCAGGUGACUGAUCAGAAUCUGAUUCUUCCGCUGCUCGAGUCGACAUCAAGGGAUUAAACGUCUGAUUGAUUUUCUACAUCAUGAGAAAUAUAUAAAUGUUGGUCUUUGCCUCGUCGGUCGAUGAGCAGCUCUGGGAUAAAGGAAUGUAAAAGGAAUGAUUUUUCUUCUGUACACGGGAAACAGCUUUCUCUCUUUUCUUCUUCUGCUCCGGUCAGAGACGCUCGGCCUGCUGCUCAGCCAGCUCUCUGUUUUUGUACCUGCAGCGAGAGUUGGACUUUCUAUUAAAAACAAUAAAAGAAUAAUCAGCA